AUGGACGCCAUCGAUGUAAGCAAGCAACGACAUCGACGACGGGAGCGGGCUCUUCGGAUGAUCGCGGAGCGGGACAAGGAUACGGCCGCUGAUGCCGGCCGCCAUCAUCAUCCGGAUGACAGCGCUGAUGAAGACAGUGGCCCUGUAAGCCGAGAGAAACCGCCCCGCCCCCUUGUUCGUCGUAGGAAAAAGGAAAAAGAGCCUUCGCCCAUCCUCGAAGAGGAUAUUAUAGACGGCUUCGCAAUCCUUGCCUUCAAAACUUACGAAGAUAUAGAGUUUGCUAUAAAAAUUGCCAACAAGCGCAAUGAGAAGCGCCUUUCGUCGAUCGUCGAACUGACGACGAUUAUGGUCGAGGCGAAACCACCGAAAAUCAUCGAUAGAACCUCGUCGAAGCUGGCCGCGGAGAAGUCCCUGGGCAACAGUGAUGAUCCAAUGGCGGCCGCCACGACGGAGUGGUCACCGGUAGUAGUGGGCAACAGCAUCCACCAUCACCAUCACCACCUUCACCAUCACCAUCCCCUACACCACCACCGCCUACAUAACCAUCAUCUGCGCAACAUUGUUGCCGUUGCUGCCGGUAGAGUAGAGGCCGAAGCAGCAACGGCAGGAGAAGGAGGAGGAGGGAGUGUCUCGAAUCACCAAGAUGGGCCACUCAUCGUUGGCGUUGGCGGUCCGCCGCUCGCCUCGAACGGCACUAGUGGUGGUGGGGUCGGUGGUGUCAACAGUAACGCCACAUCCGACAGUAACCGAAACUGUGGUAAUAACGGCAGCAACAUUAGUAGUAACACCGGUAGCAGCAACACUAACGGCGACGGAGCCGAUAGCAGCGCCGCACCAGCGGUGAUGGCGGGCCAACAGCAGCAGCAGCAAGCGACGGCGCAUAAUCAUCUCAAUCACCAUCUCCACCAUCAUCACCUUCAUCAACCUCAGCAGCAGCAGCAGCAGCAGCAGCUACAGCAGCACCAUCAUCACCUGAAUCACCAUGUCGUGGGGAACGGUGUGAUAAUCGGGGCCGAUGGCAGCGGCGGCAACGACAGCAGCAAACAUGAAAACGGGUGCUUGUCGACCCCGGUUACCGGCGCCGCCACCGCCACCGAGCUCACGAACGGUGGCGGCAGUUUCGGUGCUGGUCCUGUAGGUAGCAGUAGUCAGCUCAGCAACGGCGGCAGCACUCUCAGCCCUUCCGUCGGUGACCAUCACGGCGUCAGUGGCAUAGUGGCCCUGAUGGAAAUCGUGGGCGGUGGUGGUGGCGUGUCGCCAAGUGUGCGGGGCGAUCCGAGCAGUGGUCAGCAGCAGCACCAGCAUAGUAGCGGUGGCAAUAGUACUACCCCCAAUGCCGCCACCGGCAUCAAUGGAAACGUUUCGUCGGGUAGUGUUACUUCAUCGAGCGGCAGCCACGGUGGGCUGGACAAUGGCACCGGUGGCCCCGGCGUCAGUGGCGUAGAAGUAGUGGGUGGUAGCAGCGGAGGCGGAAGCCACUAUCACGGCAAUAGUAACCAGCAUCACCACCCACUAUUUCAGCCGCAUCAGCAGCACCUGCAGCACCAACAGCAGCCACCACCGCAACCAUCGCUCCACCACCAACACCACAACCUUCACCAACACCAUCAUCCGCAACAGCAUCAACAUCAGCACAAUCACCAUUUGUCAAGUGUACAUAAUCUAUCUCUACCGUCGAACAUCGAUCCGGGUACGUCGGAUGACAGUGGACGGGCGUCGGAGCGACUGACAGCAUCGUCCGCGGCCCAGCGGGACCCGGACAGUUCACGUGAUCGCCUCAGUGAUGCGAGCAGUCGCUGCAGCUCCGGCAAAGGAUAUAUCUGUGAUAGCGAGGGAGACGACGAUAAGGUAUCAAACGGACCACUGAGCAGUACUGCUACACAUUUAACGUCGCUUGCCGUCGCGUCACCACAGAAGCAGCAGCCGCCGCCGCUGCAGCGGCACGGGUCGCCGACGGCCGCCCAACAACAACAGCAUCAGCAACAGCAACCUCCGCAGCCGCCACCAUCACCGCACACGGCGGCUGGCGGCGGCGGCACAAGCAAUAAACCCUUGCUGCCGACGGCCUCGGCGAAGAUACCAACCCACCACCACCCGCAUCAGCACCCGCAUCAUCAACAUCCUGCUGCUCCUCAUCACCACCACCACCACCAUCAGCAGCUGACGGGCAGCGGCUCGGGUGGCUCGAACGGGGGCAGUGCCGCGCCGCUGUCCUUCCUGCCACUGUCGUCGAUCCCGCCAACCGCCACUCCGGCGGUGGCUGGCCGCAGCACCCCGAGUGAUAUCACCAGCCUCGAUGGAUCCGCGGCCGGCGAUCGGUUACGCAGCAACAGCAGCCCCGCCGUACCGGGCGGCGCCGCGAUGCCGUCGGUGUCAUCGGCAGCGGCUGCGGCGGCGGCGGCCGCCACGCUCCUGAACGGUAGUCAUGCGGCGGCGGCGGCUGCGGCGGCCGCGGCAGCGGCAGCAGCCGCCGUCGGCCACCCGUCGCUGAUGAUGGCCAACGGGCUCGGCAGCCUGCCGCCUCACUACCACCACCGCGCCUACCCCAGCUACCCGCUCUACUCGCCGUACGCCAGCUUCCAGCAUAACCCCUACCUGCCGCCGUCGGUCGUCAGCUCGCCGAAUCUAUCGCCUCGCAUGCACCCGGCCCUGGCGCCCAUGCCUCCCCACCACCACACGCUGAUGGGGCUGAGCCUGAUGGACCCGACCCGGUUGCAGCCGCAACCGCAGCCGGCGGCGGCCGCUCCUACGGCGGCUCCAACGAACAACGGACCACCGCCGCCACCGCCUCCCCGUAGCGAGCGCGACCCCUCGUCAUCGUCGUCGUCUCCUCUCAUCACGGUGUCCGCUUCCGGGGCGACGGCGGCUAACGCAUCUCAGCCGAAGAUACGGCCCAUUACCCCGAGCUCCAGCUCGUCUUCGUCCUCGUCGUCAUCGUCGUCAUCCUCGUUGUCGUCCUCGUCAUCGGGCUCCGUCACGAUCGUGUCCAGCACGGCGGCGGCGGCGGCGCCACCGCCCUCCUCCACCAACACCGGAGGCGGGCGUUCGUCCGCCGAGCCGCCGCCGUCGGUACCCGGAUCGCAGCACCAGCCACCACCACCACCUCCCCCGCACCCGCACGCGCUCGGGCCCGGUGGCUCGCCGGGACCACUGCAUCAACACCACCAUCCCCAUCCCCACCACCAACACCACCUGGGCAGCAGUGGGAACCCUGCGCACCAUCAUGGUGGUAACGGCAGCAGUAGCAGUAUUAGUGGUGGCCAUCCGUCGCAGCAACACCAUCCCGCUUCCUCACACCUGACAUCGGCGAGUAGCAGCAGUAGCAGCAGCAGCAGCAGUAGCAGCAGCAGCAGCAGCUGCAGUAGCGGCGGCGGCGGCGGUGGUGGUGGUGUCAGCAUAGCCGUCUCCUCACGUCCACACUCGCCCCGCGGUCACAGUCCGAACCGGGAACGAGAUAGCUAUAGUAGUAACGUAAGUAGUUUAUCCCGCUCGACGCCGGGCUCCACGAUACCUGUUGCCGCCGCGUAUGGUUUGAGUGUGGGUGCGGCGGCCGCUCCCCCCUCUGCCCACGCCGGGCCAGGUCCUGGGGGAGGUCCGUCGCCCGCACCACUACCCGCGUUCGUCGCUGCCGCCGCCGCUGCUGCCGCCGCCGGUGGUCUGCCGCACUCGGUAGCGCUCGCCGUCUCGUCGGCCGCCAUGUCGGCCGUUUCUUCUAGUCUCACCUAUCCUAAGACAACACUGGCGAUGGGCGGCGGCGGCUUGUUGAUGUCGUCCUCAGUCGGCGGCGUCGUCAGCGGAGGGGUGCCCCCGGGUUGGCCCGGAUCGCACUUGCAGCACUCGCAGCAGCAGCAGCACCCGGCGCUACCACCGCAUCAUCCGCAGCACCACCACGUUCACUCUCCGGCGGGGGCGGCGGCGGCCAACAGUAGUGCGCCCGGCGGCAAUGCACCACGCCCGACAGCCCCGUCACCGUCGACGCUUCCGAACGUAUCUGCGGCGGCGGUGGUCGUGUCCGCGGCUUCGGCGGCCUUUUCCGCCUCGUCGCUCUUCGCCACGCCACCCGUGCCACCGCUCGCUUCUACGAGCUCUUCCUCAUCAUCUACGCCGGGGACGGGCGGGGGGCCACCGGCACUCGGUGGAGGAGCACAGCAACAGCAACCGCAACCACCACCCACAUCAUCGUCUUCGUCAUCGUCAUCAGUCACCGCCGCCCCCCACCCGUUCUCAGCCGAGUCGCUCUUCUCGCCCAAAGUUUCAGACCAAGCCGACAUGCUGCGGCGCGAACUGGACAACCGGUUUCUCGAUCGCAGCGGCCUGACGGCGGCGGCGGCCGCAGCCGCAGCCGUGGCAGCGGUUGGUGGUGGACCGGGCGGCCCCGGACCUGGGCCGCCCUACCUGCGCCAGGAGCUCCACCACCACCAGCACCAGCACACGCACCUCCACCAGCACCAGUCGAUGCUGCCGGCCGGGGCGGGCAGCGCCCCGGGCGCCCUCUUUCCGCCGCCCCUCUUCAAGGACGUGCCGAAGAUCGGGGCCGUCGACUCGCCGUUCUACCGCACCGGGCUCGGCGGGAUGCCCAACGCGUACGCCGGCUACCCGCCCGGCCUGCUGCACCCCGGGCUCAGCGGCCCGACCCAGUUCGUGCCGCCGAGCCACCUGCAGUCCUUCGUGCCGAAGGUACGUGCGGCUCCGGUCGAUCCGAGCAAGAAGAAAACGGGAAAGUGGAACGCGAUGCACGUGCGAAUUGCGUGGGAAAUCUACCACCACCAGGCGAAGCAGAACCCGGACAAGGUGGCCUCGAUAAAGACGGCGUCGGAGAUGCUGCGACCACCGUCGCACAUGUACCCGUCGUCCGCGGCGGCGGCAGCGGCGGCGGCAGCGGCGGCGGCGGCCGGGCUCGUGCGACCGCACGACCUGCCGUCGUCCACCUUUCCACCGGGAGGCCUCCCGGGGCGGCCUGGACCGUACGAGUCCGCCCCGCUGCCCCCGAGCUUCAUGGGCUCCCCGGCUAGUCAUAUAGGUGUAUCCCCGUUCGGCCGGUACGCGUCACCGUAUGGAGGCUCCCCGUUCAGCGGCCUGUCGCCCUUCUCGCGCGACCUUCCCAUGGGUUCGCAGAUACCAGGCUCCCUGCACGAUCCCUGGCGCAGUGCGAUGCCGCGUAGCGUGAGCGGCGGAUACCAACCGGGGCCGACCGCGGGUGGCGGCGGCGGUGGCGGUGGUUCGUGGCCACCGAUCAAGCAGGAUCCGGGGCUGGCGGCGGCGGCCGAAUCGGCGGCGCGCCGCGAAGCGGAAGAGCGCGAGCGGCAGCGGGAGCGAGAGGAGCGUGAGCGGCAGCGGCGUGAGCGUGAGGAGCGCGAGAAGCAGCGGGAGCGCGAGCGCGAGGAGAAACUGCGCAAGGAGCAACAGGAGCGCGAGCGGCAGCGUGAACAGGAGCGGGAGCGCGAACGCAAGGAGAAGGAGCGGCGCGAGAUGGAGCGGCGGGAGAUGGAGCGCGAACGGAUACUGCACCAGCAGCAGCGCGAAUCGAAGGCAGCGGCGGCGGCGGUCGCCGUAGCGGCGGCAGCGGCCGCUUCACUCAAACGGGACCGGUCGCCGCUGCGGAAUGGUACCGGCCCGCCCACCGACGGCGUCCACCAGCACCAGCUGGUGGACAUCCGGAUCAAGGAGGAGCCGCGCAAGGACGAAACGGAGCUGCUGAUGCGGAGCCACGCGGCGGCGGCAGCGGCCGCCGCAGCGGCCGCUGCCAGCGAGCCCCGCUAUCACCCGUCGAUGAUGCCGCACCACCCGUACAUGACCGGGCGGCUGCCGGCCGCGCACAUGCUGCCGGGCGGUCACCUUUCGCGCACGAUGCUACCCCCGUCGAUGGGGCUGCCGGGACACUUUCCGCCCCCACACGGCAGCUGGGGCCCGGACCCGUUCCGGGAUUACCGGUUCGAGUCGCUGCACCACCAGCUCCGCUACAAUCCCAUGUCGAACCCGAUCAUGGACGCGUAUCGGGCGGAGGAAGCGAAGGCGUCGCUACUGUACGCGGCGCAAACGGCCGUCCACUACCGGGGCAAGGAGCCUAGCCCGGUGCCGCCACCCCAUCAACCGCCGCUGCCUUCCCAUCACCACCGCCUGCCUUCGGUGGGCGGUGGUGGUGGUGGUGGGGGACCACCAGGGAGCGGCGGUGGUGGUGGCGGCUCUGGACCCAGCACACCACAGCCGCCCGGUGGACGACCCCCGUCGGCAGGCAGUGUCAACAGUGGUAGCGGCGGCGGCGGCGGUGGCGGUGGCAGCGUCAACCACAAAUCCUCUCCUGGGUCUGCUCCUGGUGGUGGCGGUGGUGCCUCAGGUGUUGGCGGACCGCCAACGAAUGGUGGUGGGAAUGCGGGUGGUGGUUCGUCGUCGGGUGCCGGAUCGGCGCCCCCGUCGGCCGCUUCCUCGUUGCCCGGGGUUUCGCUGGACAUGCACAAGAAGGACGACUCCUCUCAGUCCCGAUGAUAGUCGGCGGGCCUGCUGACCACCGCUACUAGUGGUGGUGGUGGUGACGAUGGCGGUGUUGGUGAUGGUGAUAACCGAUGUGACGGCUAUGGUACCGCCCACACCACCACCACCACCACCAAUAACGAUGGUCAGAACAGCAGAGCUCAGGUGAUAGCAGCAGCAAUGGGCGGCGCAGUAGGAGGAGAACCAAAGCAGCAGCAGCAACCACCAUUGAUCGUUAUCGUCGAUGACGACUGAACCCCUGGACCGCCACUGAGUGCCGCCACUUGCGUGAGAGAGCGACAGAAAGAGAGAAAGAGAGAGAGAGAGACUUGAAAGGGAAAACAUUAACAGCCAGAAAACGAAACAUUACCAGACCAGAAACCAGACAGAACCAGGAGGAGGUGGUGGUGAAAAGCCUUGCCUACGACGCCGAAGAGUCGUAACAAUAUUGUAGAUACUGUAGAAAAAGAGUAAGUGAUACCGCCGCAGAGAAAGGCGCUCUAGGUGGAAAAAAGAAAGAAUGAAAGAAAGAAAGAAAGAAAGAAAGAAAGAAAGAAAGAAGGAGAGAAAGAAGGAAAGAAAGAAAAAAAGAAAGAGAGAGAGAGAGAGUGUAUGUGUGACAUAAGCCGUUUGAAGUGGAAUAUAGGACUGCCGCAUGCGCCCCAUCGACAGGAUAGCGGCGCGCGCGCGCAGGACGAGCGCAAGCAAGCGGAACGUACGCCGGCUAGAGGAGGCUCAGCUCAGCUUCAGUUGAUUGUCUUUUGGUGCACGCGCUCUAGUGCAGCCAAAACAUCUCAUCGUUAUU